CGCGAAGGGAGAAGGAAGGGAGAGAAGUUGGUCCCGUCAGCUGUGCGCCUCAUCGGCGUUGGCUUUUUACCAUGGCGAUGGGAAAAGGAUUUCGGGUUUUAGAAAAAUCAAAUCCUCCGAACCCGUACAGUGUUUUGUUGGAGCAAAGAAACAAGGAGGACACGUUGCUGUUCGAAUCCCAGGCUGUGGCUGUCCUAUCUCCACAAGAGACCGAAUCAGUCAAAAGGCAAUAUUCUAAACUACUUGAUGCUUAUGGUUGUCUUGGAGUUCUUCAGCUCAAUGCAGGGGAAACAACUGUACUGUACCUUGUUAUGGUAACGGGCUGUGUUUCUGUUGGAAAAGUUUCGGACUCUGAUGUGUUUCGAAUCACUCAAACACAUUUUGUGUCAUUGAGAAACCAAGCUCAGGAUGAAGAGAGAAUAUCUGAGGUACGCAAACUAUUAAAUUCUGGCACAUUCUACUUUUCUUGGACUUCAUCAGGCGAGCCCUUGGACCUUACAUUAUGUGCCCAACGUAGAACUAAAUCAUCUGAAACUGACAACAGAUUCUUUUGGAAUCGGAUGUUACACAUUCAUCUUCUAAGAUUUAGUGUCAGUUGCUCGGACUGGCUCUUGAAAGCCAUGUGUGGCAGUGUAGAAAUACGAACUGUCUAUGUUGGAAGUAAAAAAGCUCAAGCCAUGAUAAUAUCCAGGUUGAGCUGUGAAAGAGCAGGAACAAGAUUUAACGUUCGUGGAAGUAAUGAUGAUGGUCAUGUUGCAAACUUUGUUGAAACAGAGCAAGCCAUAUAUUUAGAUUCUGAAGUAACAUCAUUUGUUCAAACCCGUGGAUCUGUUCCUCUAUUCUGGGAGCAACCAGGUGUACAAGUUGGUUCUCACAAAGUAAAAAUGUCUCGUGGUUAUGAGGUGUCUGCUCCUGUGUUUGAUAGACAUCUUUCUCUUAUCAAGGAAAGAUAUGGUCAUCAGGUUAUAGUAAAUUUAUUGGGUACUAGCCUUGUAGGGAGUAAGGAGGGUGAAGCCACCCUAAGUCAACUGUUUCAGGCUCACCAUAAAUUAUCCCAGCAUAAGGACGUGCCACAUAUAGUAUUUGAUUACCACCAGGAAUGUAGGGGAGGCAACACUAAAAAUUUAGCCCGGUUGAAAGCAAAAGUUGAGAAAUGUCUGAAGGCAUUUUCUGUCUUCUAUGGGAAGGAGAAUGAAAUAUUGAGUGAGCAGAAUGGAACUGUGAGAACAAAUUGCCUGGACUGUUUGGAUCGUACCAACUGUGUGCAGACCUUUUUCGGGCUUGAGACUUUAUCCAAACAGUUGGAACUUUUGAACCUAAUGGUGAAACAGACUAUGGUCUCUCGAUUUGAAGAAGUGUUCAGACAGAUGUGGAUCAAUAAUGGUAAUGAAAUAAGCAAAAUAUAUGCUGGGACAGGCGCCAUUCAAGGAGGUUCCAAGCUUAUGGAUGGAGCUCGCUCAGCUGCACGAACUAUUCAAAAUAAUUUACUCGAUAACAGCAAACAGGAAGCUAUUGACAUCCUCCUUCUGGGAUCAACCUUGAGUAGUGAGCUUGCAGACAGAGCAAGGAUUCUCCUUCCUUCAAACAUGUUGCAUGCACCUACAAGUGUUUUGAGAGAGAUGUGCAAGCGCUUCUCUGAAUACGUACUUCCUGCCAAUGCCCGUAUUGGGGUUGGAACUUACAAUGUGAACGGAGGCAAACACUUCCGAAGUGUUGUGUACAAAGAUGUCUCUCUAGCAGACUGGCUUCUAGACGCUCCACGUCUUGCAAAGUCAAACUCUCUUGUUGAUGUUUCCAAUCCUCCUAAUGAAGAAUCUCCAGUGGAUAUUUAUGCUAUAGGGUUUGAAGAAAUUGUUGAUUUGAAUGCGAGUAAUAUCAUGGCAGCUAGUUCUGAAAAUGCCAAGUUGUGGGCAACUGAACUUCAAAAAGUUCUCUCUCGUGAUCGAGAUUACGUGCCAGUGACUUAUGUUCAAUUAGUGGGUGUCUGUUUGUACCUUUUUGUUCGCAAAGAACAUGCCCCAUUCAUUAGAGAUGUGGCUAUUGAUUCAGUCAAAACGGGUCUGGGUGGGGCCACUGGAAACAAGGGUGCAUGUGCCAUAAGAUUAGUCUUCUAUAGCACAUCUAUUUGCUUUGUAUGUGCACAUUUUGCUGCUGGCCAAUCGCAAGUCAGUGAACGUAAUGCUGACUACGCUGAAAUAACAAGGAAAGUUACAUUCCCUAUGGGGAGAACAUUAAAUUCUCAUGAUUAUGUAUUUUGGUGUGGAGAUUUCAACUACCGUGUGGACAUGGACAAGGAUGAAAUAAAAGAACAUGUUAAGCGUGGAGAGUUGGAACCUAUUCUUCAGUGUGACCAAUUGAGGGUUCAACAAGAGCAAGGAAAUGUCUUCAAAAACUUUAUUGAAGGUGAAAUUACUUUCCCUCCAACUUACAAAUAUGACCUCUUCUCUGAAGACUUUGACACGAGUGAAAAGUGCCGGGCCCCAGCUUGGACUGAUCGAGUCUUGUGGAAGAGACGCAAGCAGCAGCCAGAAACAGAAGCUUGUGGGCCUGACUGGAACCCCGGCAGACUGGUGCAUUACGGCCGUGCCGAGUUGAAGCAGAGUGACCACCGUCCUGUAAUAGCAAUAGUUGACAUAGACAUUUACCGGGUUGAUGAUGAGCGUCGUAAACAAGUCUUCAUGGAAGUUAUCCAAGAUCUGGGACCGCCAGAUGCUACAGUUGUCGUUCAGGCUGUUGAUCCAAAUGCCAGUGAUGAUGGCAACAUUUUUGAUGAUGAGUUUAUGACCGCUCUACUCCAAGAGCUGGCCCAAAUUGGUGAAGUAAUCCUGGUGCGCUUUGUUGAGGACACAAUGUGGGUCACUUUCCGGGACGGCCAGUGUGCUCUGGCUGCUGUUAAAAAGGGAACCAUGAAGUUGAUGGGCCACUCACUUCAGUUCUCUCUGAAGACGGCCAAUUGGAGAGCACAGACAGAGAAAGAGAUUGCCCUUUGCAGCAAUAAUACGACUGCCCUUUGCGAAUACUCAGCUCUUAGUGGUUGGGAUAUUGAUGCAGAAUCUCCUGAUGAAAUGGACCCUGUACUGAUUCGUGAGGGUUCACUUGGAGGAUGGAGUCCUGGGGAUGAGGACGACGCACCUGCCAUGCCUCGUGGUGGACCGCCCCCUCCGAGACCUGCUCCCCCCUCAAGGCCCCCGCCCCCCGGCAGCUCUCCUGCACAGCCCAGGAAGCAGCCUCCCAAGGCUGGUGUCAUCAGCUUGGCGGGCAACAAGCCCCCGGAGAGGCCCCCGCCGGCGCAGUCCGCCCCCGCCCCGUCUUCCGCCCCAUCCCCCGCCCCUCCCGCCCCGACGUCGAGACCGUCCCCUCCAGGGCCCGCCCCCGCACCGCCCCAGCAGUCGUUCCGCGAGCCCAGCGUCGACCUCAAGGACGCGUCGGCGACGUACAGCAGCGUGGACGACGGCAACGCCAUCUACGAGGAGAUCCAGGACGACCCGGCGUGCCCCAGCGGGCCGCCGCCGCCACCGCCCCGCUUCGACUCGACGGACUUGGAGGACGGGACGGCCUUCCCCCCGCCCCUGCCGCAGCGCGCGGGCGGAGUGCAGGGCGGAGCGCAGGGCGCCCCCGUGCCGGUCAUCCCCAGCAGGCCGGGCGCGGGGCCGCCGCCCAUCCCCAACCGGCCCAUGGCGCCGCCGAUCCCCGCGCGCUCCAACGGACCCCCGCCCAUCCCCGCCCGGCAAGGCGGAGCACCCUCGGGGCCGACCCCUCCGGCCACCCCGAAGCGGUCUCCCUGAGCAUGAACACUGCGAACAUCGUGGCGCCGAGCUACCGGCUGCCUGGCCUUAUCGAAGGCGGGUGCCACUCUCGUGCAGGCUAUUUAAAGUCAUUGUUUUGAGUGAGGCCUCUUCAUCGAGUAGAGGUGAAAUCAGUUAUUGCUCUGUUUGUAGAUUAGCUGAGCAUUAUUCUAAACGUAUUUUCUCUAGUUUCCCUGUUGACUAUGAGCGCCACCAUCUCCUGUAAUUUUGCUAGAAGAACAAACCACUGUACUGUACUUUGAACAUUCCUACACAGAAUUGGUAGUGCUUUGAUGUAACAUUACUGCCUUCAACUAAUGCAGCUCCCAUACAUGACUCCUAAGUCAAUUCCAGGACUUUUACUUUAAAAUAUGGAUCAAUCAACCCGUUGUUGUUAUGUAGAUUUCUAUGAAUCCUUUUUUUUUUGGCUAUUUUUAAAAUAAUUUGUGAUAGUGAAGAUAUUUGUUUGUCUUAGAGACGCCUCUUGAUCUUAUUGAUCCAGCAUGUUAUCACUUUAUAUUUUAUUUUUACUUUGGAUGUUUGAAGUUAUGAAAAAACGUUACAAAUUAGUUGUCCUACUUGAAAAUGACACCUACCGAAGAUACUCUCCUGAGAAUGAGUUACAUUUGAUCUUGAUAUAUGUCAAAUUUGGCUCUUCUUGAUUUGUUUCCUUUUUUAUUUGUGAUUUCUCAAUCUCUUACCUGUUAAGCCAUUGUUAGAAAAUCUGAUUGCAGUAGUUUUCUUCUUUGUUUCUAUUUUGAGUUCAAUGUUUUACAUGUUACUUAUGAAUAUUUUACAUUGUUUUUUAUUGUAGUUGUUGUUUUAGUUAAAAUUUAAUUCUUUUUCAGAAUUAUGUUAUGGAACAAAGUGAUUGCUCCAGAUUCUUUUGUGGAUUGAAAAGUACUUUAUUACCAUAUCAGCUGCUUAUGUCGUUCCACCAAAACGAUCAACAUGACAUGUAUGAAAAUAGAUUUAUGAUCAUGGUAUUAUAAAUGUUAUCAGGAAACUUCUUGCUCCUUGCAGACCAAGCUCUAUUUUAAUUCAUUAUUAUACGGAAAUGUAAAUGCUUUGUAAUUUCUCUCUUCAUGGUCUUUAAGAGCAUGGUGUUUAGCAAAGCAGCCAGCCAUUGAGAAUAGUACUUGAUAUCUGCUUUAUAUGUUUUAAGUCCACAUUGAUUGGGCUAUGGUCCAAGUUUUGUUCCUGUUUUUGAUGUCUGGUAUCAAAAUGUUUUGUAGCAUUGAGAUUAUUUUUUGGGAAGAAAGUAUGUGCCUUUAGUGUCUCUCUUAUUCCUUAUUAAAAUUUUAGAAAAAUACUAGAUUAUGAUUUAAAAAUUCAAAAAUAAGCUCUUGAUGUUUUGUCACUUUGUUGCGGUGGUCACUGUGUGUGACUAAAUGAAUAGAAGCAAAUGCCCAAUAGCUGUGGAUAUUCAGUGCGAGGAGGCUUGGUGGUGUUUGUUUUCUAUUUACUCUAGUUACACCCUUUGGUCCAAUUUAAAGUUUAUAAACCUCCUGGUUGUGUGGAUGUACUAGAUGCAUGCCUCUUUUUGAAUAGCCAUGGUACUUGUCUGAAGAAUCAAGGGGAAGCUAGAAUCAAUCUAAAAUCAAGCUUUCUUGUAUUUGCUGCUUCUUGGUAUAUAUGAGGUGAUAGGCAAAAGAACUAUUUCUUAGCUGAAUUUGAAAUUUUAUGCAUGUCCCUAUUUUUUGUGCAAGUUUGGUCUGUAUCAUUGAAUUCACCAUUGAAUAUAAGGGGCACAUGUUGUGAAUGCAAUCUGUGGUAACCGAAAAGUAUUUGUUUUGUUGUUAUACAUUCCCCAAGGAUAGGUUUUAGUUACUUGUUAAAAUGUCUCAUGACAGUAAUGUAUUCAAAACAGUGGCCUACUUCCACCUUAUUUGUGUAGGUCAAGACAAAUAAAUAUUAUACAAAUAUAUUUAUUUAGAGAAAGAGAUAUAUAUUAUUUUGUCAUGCUCUUUAUGUAUUAUGUGGCUAUUCUCAAGUUGUGCCACCUGAGGGGCUAUUGCUUUGCAUUACAAAUGUGAAAUGUUUUAAGAUGUGUAUGUCACAAUGUAAUUAAUUUCACCCUGUUGCUCUUUAUUGUACCUAGGCUGGGUCAACUUUUUCUUGUUUAAUCUGAACCUGUGCAACUAAUUUUGUGUGAAAGAAAUUUAAGAUUAUUAGUGUUAGGACGGUUUCAUUGGUGUACUACACAUUUGUCGUGCUUUAUUCAUUUUGUUGUAACCUUACCUCAAUGAGGAUAAAUUCUAUGAGUAAUUUGCCAAUCAGUAUUUCACCGACUUUCUAGGACACAUUGAUCUCCUUGCUUUUAGUGAUAUAGGUAACAGUCCUCCGAAUCUUGUGUGUCACUUUAUGAAUUUAAAGAAACUGUUAUUGCGUACAAUCUAGCCUAUGGACUUAAUUAGCUGAAAAUAUCCAACUUGUAUCAAAGCUACUGUAUUUAAAUGGCGUCUGAAGGUUGAAGAAUUACAUGCUUGAGUUCCAUGUUUGAAGUUGUGGUGUUCUGUGAAAACCAUGGCUUCAAUGGUGCUAAUUAUUCUGCUCAUGGAACAUGGGGGAUGAAUUUUGUGUUGUCAGUUAGAUUGAUACUCAUACUGUCUUGUUCAAUGCAUUGUAAAUGUGUAUUUUAUUAGUUCACUGAUGUUCUGACAAAGUAAUGUGAAACCAAUUAGAGGUAUCUUCGCCGCGCUCCCUAGUGUUUUGUGCAAGGGAUUGGAUUCAUCUUACUUUUUCAGGCCUUCAGUGAAUAGCAAUUCCUCACUUGGGCUGUAAUCUAGUAGUGUCAUGAAAACGCGGUAGAUGUGAAUUAUGCUAGUUUGUAUCUAUUAAUUAUCUGUGAUUUUGUUUGGCGUGUACCUGUGAAGGCAUGGGCACUGUAGGGGCUACGGACACUUAUCCUAAUACAGCUGAAUGUACUCAUAAUUAAUGCUAGAAGUAGGGGACGUGUACUUUUCAUUGUCUCCUUGUUACCAAAGCUUUGCAAAAUGCUUAAAUUAAACAUGUACUGUUGUAUGAAAUGUGUAUAGAAGAGUAUCAAUUAAAUGCAAAUGUCAUUAA